AUGGACAACGGCACAAUUCAGUCAUUCAGCAAGCAUUUACUGAGUACCUACUCUGCACCAAACUCAGACUGCCUGGAGAAAGAAUCUGGCCCAGUUGAUGGAGAGGCAGUCGGCCGGCCCCCCCACCCCCACUCCCGGCCGGCCUCCGCAGCUAGCUCCGCGCCCCGGUCCGCGGCUUCCUCCCGCUCGGUGUCCCUCGGCGGCCCUCGGCGAAUCUCCGCCGUUCCCGCCCCCCGGAGAGUUCAAAAGGACGCGCGGAGCGGCGCCGGGCCCUUUCCGCGGCAGCCCGUCCGACUGGGAAGAUCUGCUCUCUCUCCACUUGCUGCGAUGACUAGCCUGCUAACCACGCCUUCUCCAGGAGAAGAGCCAAUGACCACCCCAAUCCUGCAGGCCACUGAAGCCCUGUCCCCCAAAGCCGAGGCCAGCACAGCACUCAUAGCAGUUGUUAUCACCGUGGUCUUCCUCACCCUGCUCUCGGUCGUGAUCUUGAUCUUCUUUUACCUGUACAAGAACAAAGGCAGCUACGUCACCUACGAACCUGCAGAAGGCGAGCCCAGCGCCAUCCUCCAAAUGGAGAGUGACUCAGCCAAGGGCAGGGAGAAGGAGGAAUAUUUCAUCUAAUGACUCCCGGGCCCCAAGGAGCUUAUCCAGGCUCCGGUGUUAACACACUAUUUAAUUUAUUAGGCGCAAGUUUUAUCUGAAACCAGUGAGAAGCACUGAUCGAUAUAGGCAAACCUGAGCUCUUUCUAGGACACAGGCCCAAAUGAAUGCCAGCGUCACUGACACCAGGGACACAGAGGAAACUGCUCAUGCUGUCGUUAGCCAGGCCUUUCUAACAUGGCAGGUUUCUGUGGCUGCCCAAGAAGGUGGUGCUGUACCAGACAACAUGAGUAUGUGCCCAAUCAUCUUCAGUGUUUUCAAGGUCGAAGGGAAGGACAGUUAAGAGUCGCUGGCUGCUCCCCUAUCCCUUACCUGGUCAACUAGUUGACAGCCUGAGCAGAGAUAGUGUCUAGUCAUACUAGUUCUUGCCAGGUGCUGGAUACCACAGUAAAAGGCCAGACCAGGAGGGACAGACUAUGGAGACCUCACCUCCUGAUGAAUGUGCUCCAUCUCCUGAGCCUUCUUCCUUUCCAUAUUCCCCAACAACC